CCUAAGCACAGAAUGUCAUUGGUACCAUGUGGGUAACGCGGUUACUAGGCGAGGGCAGAAUCUGCUGUCGCUUUAGACUUAGUUCGCUCGUUUUCUCACGGGCAGCCAGGUUGGAUUCAGUGCCCCGGGAUGUUGUUCUCUUUGAGCACCGACGGCCGCGUUUUUUUCGCCUGCUCGGACUUUUCUGUGGAACACAAGCCGGGUUUUGGGGCUACUUGGCCCAUUUCGGAUUUACCUCUCUAAGGGACACAGCGCAGCAGCAGCAGCAGGGAGAAGGGAAGGAAUCCUUGAGAAACCUCGGCUCCCCUCUAUGGAGGACAGGAUUCACGCUGAGCUGCCUAGCCGUGGGUUCCCUUAUAUUGGCAGCUGGCUUGCUGUUCUCUCGCAGAUCAGUCAGUGCUAUUACACUUCAUGGUGGCGGAGAGAGGGUAACAAUCGUCACAGCAGGCUUCUUCGGCUCUGAGUCAUCUUUCAGUGUACCCUUACGUCAGAUUUCCUGUAUGGCUCACCGCUCAGAGGUCCCUGCAAUGAUACCCCUCAAGGUCCAAGGUCGACCCCUGUACUACUUGUUGGACAAGCAAGGACACGUAUCCAAUGCCAGGCUCUUUGAUAUUACUGUGGGGGCCUAUCGAAAAGUCUGAUUUUUCUCUUUUUUUUUUUUAAAACCGAAAUUUCAUGUAAAUAAAUGUAAAGUAUACAACUACAGUAAAGCCAAUUGAAAAUCA